AUGUCGAGCCGCCCACUACCGUCAUCAAGCGUUCUGCUAGGAGAAGUCAAGGCCACUGUCUUGCGCAAGUACAAGAAGAGCGCGUCAGUCUUUCUAGAGGACGCCGCUCUUGAUAUGAUGCUUACCGAACAUCCCGGUGACAUCCAGCGCUACGCCGGAUUCUACAACAUGGUUUACCUCUUCCUCGACCCUUCUCACUGCCAAGAGUCAAAUCGACCGUUUGCGAACCCCCUUCUCACCGAUGAAAUUAAGACUCGUUUCAUUUGGAAUAAGAAGGAGUAUGACUGCGCCGAUUACCUCGUAGACGAUGACGAUAAUGACCCUGAAUCGAUUGCGGCUGCAGCAGUUCGACCUUUUGAAGGGUCCAUCGGCGCACCCAUCAUUAUCGCUACGGAACAGGUGGUCGCUAUCUCGAAGAAGACGCAGAAGAAGACGUCUGCCAUUCAACCUAGAGAGAACAUCAAGACGCGGCUUCGACGCGUAUACAAUGAGCGCCAAGAGGCAAAGAAGCUUGACAGCUGGCGGGAGCUGAAGGCUACAGUAGAGGCCACUGCGACUUGCGAUCUACCUGCCCACGUCUCUACUACUCAAUUACACUUCUGGAACGCCGUCUUCUUAGACGUUCUCCCGUCGUUACCAACGCCCGAGCGCGCCGCUCGCCUCUUGGCUCUUGAGAGUCGUGAUACCACCGAUGAAGAUCCCAAGCCAUGGUCUGAUAUCUGGCAGACAUACCAGUAUGUCCGUGACUUCAACAAGGUUGAGACGACUGGGUGGGACGAAAUACUGCGCGACUUGUCCGAGAACUAUCAAGACUUCUCCGAGAAGCUGAUUGAUCUCGACGUGGCCACACGCAUGGCUCUGGGUCUGCCGGUCGUAUUGCCGCCAGUCCGCGAGGUGAACACGUUGGUGCUAGCCGAGUCCACUGCUUCCAAGCCAUCGAUUCCUCACACACCGUUACUCCAAACUGGCGCUCGUCGUCCCAAGCUCCUCCCAAAGUCUCAGACUACGCGGAAGGACUUCGGGUUGGCUUGUUUGGCUGAGAAGGCUACUAUAGCUCCUGAUUUCGCUGCACCACCGGUUUCUGCCUCAGCACCGACCGACACCAACAUAUUCGGGCUUCCUACGUCGGUGCUACUACAGUCCGCUCCAACCGCACCGCUCCCCGGUACACCGAGGUUCGACUUCGGCUUCGCUAAGAGCACCUUUGACGCACCAAAUUCUGCGUGCGCUCCGAAGUUCAAUGAAGGCGCUGGCUUCGGAAGAGAUUACACACCUCAGACGCCCAAGUCGUCUUCGGCUGAGCAGAUUACACAGGUCAUUGCUCCAAUUGUCGAAAAGACAAAGUCUCUCUCCGUUGUGUUCGGUGCUCCAAUCGUUGGCUCUGACUCAUCAUCGCCGCUCGUGCCAGAUCUUGACGCCCACCUUUCCGAGCCAACUGCUGACUUGGACACUGAUGAUGAAAAUGGAGAUAAACAUAAGUGUGAGAUCCGAACAGCUAUCAAAGCGAAGCCUAUGGGCCGAAGUUACGAGCCUGUUUUGGAGAAAAUCGUUGAAGAGCACGUCGAGCAGACUUCCGAAGAGCCCAAGAAUGGCGACGAGAAGCGAAGUUUCGACAACGAUCACGAAGACGACGACUACCUUAGCGGUUUAGUGGCCUCACCAUGUUGGCUAACAACGAAAGAUGACUUCAAGCAUAUGAGAGAUGCAAUGUCUCUCUUUCGUGAGAGUAAUUCGCGAACCUACACCGUUGGGGAAUUUGCAAUCGACUACGUUAUCAAACGAAGCCUAGAUCUUCCGGCAGAAGAAUUGAUUCCUAGAAUCACUGAGCUAUUGAACAAUUUGCCUUUCGACCACAGAUCUUUCAUUCAGACUGUAGAUGACAACGGAGUUGAAGCAGCUGCGAGCUUUGAGGAAGCAUUAGAAGACCUUGAGCCGUAUCUAGUAACUCCAUCGACCGUGGCGGAUACACACGGCGCCUCUCCUGCGACUGGUCUGCCUAUGGCGCAUCCAGAAGACGUCAAGGUUACUAUUACUGUGCAGAGCGCGCCCAUUAUGGCAGUGAUCGCUGAACGUCAAGCAAUGUACGAGGAUGACGAAAGUUACAACUACGUCAACGGCUACGAAUACCUGGCCCAGUUCGACUGCAGCGACCACGACUCACAAGCUGAUGAUGGCGCGGAUAUCGACCGAUCAGAUGCUCCCGACGAACUUAUGCCAGAGAUCGGGGGCAAGUCGGCAUUUUUGGAAUACGAAGUCGACCAUGUUGAGAGUGAUUCCGCGUCCACUGUCACACUUACUCCCUCAUUGACGCACUCGCCUACUUCAGAGACCGAGCUUGCCAUCGAUACCGACAUGGCAGAAGAGUACAUGCUCGACGGAUACGGGCGACCCCUCGAGCUAACCGGGAUGCCACAAAAAGACAAGAAGUUCUUGGACGCGGUACAUACGAAGAUCGUCGCAGAGACCGAUCAGUAUGAGUUCGACUGGGCUGAGGUAGAUUGCCUCCUGGGCCCUCAAGAUGAGGAAGAUGACGACGACGACUACAUUGUACCCACGGUCGACGAUGACGGGAAACCCAUUAAGCUUACACUAGACAUAAUCCCCCUUCAAGAGGAUUGGGCCCAAGUUAUUCUCUCGGAGGUCUUCCCAGACUUCGAGCAGGCUGAGGCUAAGCUUCCUGAUGUCGCGCCGCAACUCCGGUUGGAAGUUGAUCAGACGUCCUUCGCAGCCAUGUUCGAUUCCGGAUAUAUGUUUAUUUCGCCUGGUAUCGCGGAGGACACUUCGGUUGAGUCAGCGAAGUUGCCAGCAAUGCAGCUAGUUGACACUUUGGUGCCCAUUUUCACGUCUAUCUUCGUCGGCUACGAUACGCUUCUGCAUGAGCCGUAUCCACAGGCUGCAGCAGUUGACACUAAUGCGGGAGAGAAGAAGGUCGACUACCGUCUACCAAGUCCCGCCGUACACGAGGUGGCGUUCAAAGCUGUACCCAACAAGGACCCAGGACCACAAAAUGGCAUCGGAAGUAGCAAUUCUGCUCAUCGCAACUUGACCACGGCUCAGCCGCUGACGUCCAACCGGCAUCACCCAGUCUAUGACCUCCCGCGCUCUGAUCUAGCGGUAUAUGAUUGGCUCAAGCCUCAACCAGAUAAAAGCCUGGCAAACAUCAGCACGAACGAGCCGGGCGUGCCCGCACCGUUCGAUGUGGCCGAACUUUGA